AUGAGUGCUGGCCCCCAGCUGCAGCUGGCUGUCCUCUGGCCUUGGCUGCUAAUGGCUACCCUGCAGGUAGGACUUGGCCAUACAGGGCUGGCACUGGCAGCCGCAGUCGAAUCUGAGAGAUCAGCAACACAGAAAGCUAUCAUUAGGGUGAUCCCCUUGAAAGUGGAGCCAAUCACGUUGGAAGGAGAGUUUGCAAAUGUUGCUGAGGUUACUCCAGCUGAAGGAAAACUGCUUCAGUCCCACCCGCUGUCCCUGUGCAACACCAGUGAGGAUGAACACACUGAAUCAGGAUUCAUCACCAUUGUCAAGCUUGAACAGCCAGAUCGAGAUCCUAACCCAUGCCUGUCAUUGGCUAACAAGGCGAAGCUGGCAGGGGAGCGUGGAGCCCGUGCUAUCCUUUUUGACAUUACCGAUGAUGAAAGUGCUGCUGAUCAGCUGAGAAAGCCCAGGGGUCUGAGUCAGCCUGUGGUUCUGAUCAGAGGCCGUGAUGCUGAGCUUCUCAUGGGUGUUGUGAACAAGAACAGAGAGGCCCAUGUGAAGAUAGAGGUCAAGGAGCCACCAGCUUGGCCAGAUUAUGACGUGUGGAUUCUUCUCACAGUGGUCAGCACUGUUGUUGUCAUCAUUUUGAUUUUUGUUGUCCGCACAAAGUGCCAGCUGAACAGGACUCAGGACUCCUUGCAGCAGCAGACCAUGCAAGCCAUUGGGCAACUAGCCACACGCAAGUACCAGGCCAGAUGCCGACAGGCAUCUCGGUGGGACUCAGCAAGCAGCUGUAGCUCAGCCCCGGUCUGUGCUAUUUGCCUGGAAGAGUUCAGUGAGGGUCAGGAACUGCGGAUCAUUUCAUGCUCCCAUGAGUUUCACCGGGAGUGUGUUGACCCCUGGCUGCAGCAACACCACACUUGUCCACUUUGCAUGUUCAACAUUCUUGCCAGAGACUCUGUGGACCAGGCCACAGUUCCAGGCUCCAGGCUGACCCCUCGGGACAUGGAACCUGGACGACGGCUCCAUCUUUUCCGCCAGCACCCAGGACAUGCCCUUUAUCACCUCCCACAUGCCUAUCCCCAGAGGAAUCUGAGGAGCUUCCCCGCAGAGCCUGCCCACAGCAACACCUUCUUCCAUUCUCCAGAGCUCUCCCAGCUGGAUUUCAGCACUAUUCACUACAUGCCUUACAGGCCAGCAAGCUCCCUACCUGCCUGCAGCCACCCUUCCCCCAUGGCCCUGGGGUUGCUGGGCCAGCAGCAUCACAACCCCUCGGCAUGUGGACAGACAUUGCCUUCCCAGAGGACUUGCUCUCUUCAGCACCAGCCCUCAUGCCUGGGGAUCAAGGCAGCCCUGCCACAGAAGCAGCACCGUGCACUCCCGCUGCGCCGGGGAGCUAGCCACGGACACCAGCACAACAGCAGCGGCUCUGGGGAGAGCUAUCUCACGGAGCACAGUGGGUACCUGGCAGAUGGGCCAGGCAGUGACUCCAGCUCUGGGCCCUGUCAUGGUUCCUCCAGUGAUUCCAUGCUGAACUGCACAGACAUCAGUCUCCAGGGCAUCCAUGGCAGCUGCUCUACUUUCCGCAGCUCCCUCAGCAGUGACUACGACCCCUUCGUAUACUGUAGCUCAGAGGGACCUGCCAUGGACAAUGGCCAGGAGCAGCAGCAGCUGACAAGGGAAACACGGCCCAAAUCCUUAGACCUAAUGGUGCCUGGGAGUGCUGCUCCAGCUAAGUCCCAGAUAUUCAGCCAUGUCCACUACCACCACCACCAGUACCAUCACUACAAAAGAGAUGCAGAGUGCCCAUCUGGGCGGGUGGGACAGGGGCCUAGCCAGCGCAAGUCCCGGUAUUCUGGGGCCAAGGUUGGCUUCCACAGUGCUCGGACACAAAAGAGGACUGAGAAAACUCAUCACUGUCAACAGCCUCUUGAAAAUAGCAGUGUGUCACCAGAGGCAUCUGCAGCAGGACAGCCCACCUGUCUCCAGCAAGGCCGUGAGCUUUCUAAUGCCCCUUCUGCUUCUCCAAACAGACUGGACUUUGGCAUAGAUGCCAACAGACAAUCGAGAGCAGCUGACACAUCCCAAGUCCCACUGCCCCAGAGACACAGCUUACAUGGCCGUCAUCACAGAAGGAAAAGAAAGUGUCCCCUGGAGCCUGACCCUGUUCACCUUCCCGAGGACUCAGACUUGCACAAAGCCUUUGAUGCUCACGUUCCUUAUGGCCAUCUCACUGGCGACAGCUGCUCACCCGAAGUUCAGCCUCUGAUCCCAAGUGCUCCCCUGCCCUGCAGCCCAGGCUCUCGGCCACUUUGGAAGUGUUUAGUCCCACAGUCCAGCUCAGAGCUGAAAAAGCAGGAGGACAGGUUGUCAGGACAGGAAGGAAACCUCACGGUUCCUGUUGAUUUCUCAGGGACAGGCACCCCUGGACACAGUCUAAGUUUUCGCCUUCACUGCCAAUCUCAGCGAUAUAGUCAGGGAUCUGAAGAGGAGGUCCAGGAUGUCCAUGAACAUUCAGUUUAA